CGCGCCACCAGCUGUGCCGUGUCGGUCGCGCCAUUCCGGUCCGUUCCGCUGGCGAUUGCCACAGAAAGCAAGAUGGCGCCCGUCUGUUUGCGAAUAUCUCCGCGACGGAUAUAAAUACGCGAGAGGAGAGAAAAAAAGAGAAGGAAAACAGUGCCGCGAGAAACGAUUGCGGGACGAGUCGAGCGGUCGGUGACGGUCGCUCGUGAUACGCGUGUCCGAUCGACGUUGCCACGCGUUGCGGGAAGGUCGCGCCAAGGUAACGCGUCUGCCUCGUCCUCCGUCGUCGCGUUCCCCGUCGUCGUCGUCGUCGCGGCAAAGUCGGAGCGGCGCGCGUAACCCCCUGAAGUCGGCCGAAUUCUCGGUAAUUGGCCGCGGCUCCGGAGGCGGCUCCCGCGAACGGUGCCCACCUGAGGAAUGCCAGAUCGCUCGCGAUUCCUCCCGGCGGCAGGUCGACGGAUGAUCGGCAGUGUGACGCGUCGUGAAAACGAGUGAGCGAGUCGUGAAAAAAAAGAAAAAGGAAAGAAAGAAGAGAAGAAAAAAAACGACCUCGCGACCACGGCGGAGUGUACUCUCGUGGGGGAUCUCCUCCCGAGAAGGUGAUCGCGGUCGCUAUUCUUUUCCGUGACGUAUGUGUCUCGCGGAGGUCGUCUGCCAGACGGGUGGUCGGUCGUCGCGAGUGUCUUCGCCGUCAUUGUCGUUUACGUUCGCGUUAUCGUCGUCGACGAUACUGCGUCGCGAGUGCCGUUGGCGAUCUCGAUGCGCUGUCGCUCUUCCUUGGAGGACCAACAACCCCUCUGGACGUCCGACGAGAUCAGCUGCUACUGCUGCUGUUAUUGCUGCUGGGACUACUAGCCCGGCGGCCUCCUGCGUGGAUAUCCUUCUGUUGGAGCGGUGGGGCAGGGAGGCGCCGGAAGCAGCCGCGAAUCCGGAAGCAUAGCGAAGAAGAUGGCCUUCAACGAGAAGGUGGAUCCCGAGCUGAUAUUUACAAAACAGGAGCGAAUCGGAAAGGGUAGCUUCGGCGAAGUCUUCAAAGGCAUCGACAACAGAACUCAGCAAGUCGUGGCCAUCAAGAUCAUCGAUCUCGAAGAGGCGGAAGAUGAGAUUGAGGACAUACAGCAGGAGAUUAUGGUGCUGUCGCAGUGCGACAGCCCAUACGUCACCAAGUAUUAUGGGUCUUAUCUCAAAGGUACGAAGCUGUGGAUCAUCAUGGAGUACCUCGGUGGCGGCUCGGCCCUGGACUUGAUGAAGGCCGGUAGCUUUGAGGAGAUGCACAUUGCCGUGAUACUACGCGAAGUGCUCAAAGGGCUGGAUUAUCUGCACAGCGAGCGUAAGCUUCAUCGCGACAUUAAAGCGGCAAAUGUAUUGCUGAGCGAAAUGGGCGACGUCAAGCUGGCCGAUUUCGGUGUAGCUGGUCAAUUGACAAACACUACCAGCAAACGAAACACUUUUGUCGGCACGCCGUUCUGGAUGGCACCCGAGGUCAUCAAACAAUCCGCUUAUGAUUCCAAGGCUGAUAUUUGGUCUUUGGGCAUUACGGCGAUCGAGCUCGCGAAAGGAGAGCCUCCCAACAGUGAAUUGCAUCCCAUGAGGGUCCUCUUCCUAAUACCCAAGAACAAUCCGCCUCAACUGACCGGAAACUACACGAAACAGUUCAAGGAGUUUGUCGAAGCUUGCCUCAAUAAGGAUCCUGAAAACAGGCCGACAGCAAAGGAGCUGCUAAAGUUCCAGUUUAUCAGAAAGGCGAAGAAGAACUCGUAUCUAAUCGACCUGAUCGAUAGGUACAAAAAGUGGAAAUCGCAACGCAGCGAAGAAUCGGAGACUGAGAGUGAGAAUUCGGACUCGGAGGAAUCCAAGCAAGACAGCGACAUGGACGAGCCGUGGAUAAUGACGGUGAAAGGCCCACACGGGGUCAAAGGAUCUGUGGUGCCUAUGUUGCCACUGGAUGAACAACCCGCAUCCUUGACCCUAACGCACACAAAUCACAGGUCCUCCAAUCACAACCAACCGAGUAAACCGCACGCGAAUGGUGCUUCGCGAUCACCACCGAAGGACACCACGCUUAAUCACUACAGAAGCGAGUCCAGAGAUUCGUUGCGCGAUGGUCAAGCGAAACAUACGCCGUCCCGACCACACGAAGCUGCGCCUCCACCGCCAGUGGAUACGAGAGAGAAACGAGACGAACGAGACUACCGUGAUUUGAGUCGAGAAUCCACUCUUAGAGAGCCGAAGGAGAUGCGCGACGCCCGCGAGAGAGAUAGAGAAGGUGUCAGGGAGCGAGAACGAGAUAGAGAAGGCAGAGAUCGGGAUAGAACCAGUAGGGACUUUAACACACGGGAGAAGAGGAGAAACAGCAAGCCGGAAGUGCCCAUCACUUCGAUGGCCGAUCACAGACCCGGCGAGGAUAAGCAGAGGCCUAGAAGUUCGCAGGAACUGAAACAUCCACGAAGCGUCGCUCUGUCUGGUGUUGUCAUUCCUCUGCUUUCCGAGCUUCAACGAAAGCACCAAUAUUCGGCGAGAGACAAUAAUGGCGAAGGUGGUAGCGGUAGCAAGAAUGGCGGUGCUAUUGAAGAAUUGCGGGGCGCUUUUGAAUCGGCGGAACGUACGUCGCCAGGAAUGACAGAGUCCCUUAUUCGCGAACUCAUAAAAUCCCUACUUCCGCCCAAUCACUCGGAAGGACGCCUGUCUAUGUUAAUGGAGAAGGUUAUUCUGAGGGAUACGUAGGGACACGAGAGGACAAAGGUCCGCAAGAGACUGUGGUCCCAGAAUAUACUGACGUUGUAAAGCCAUUCGUUAUUUUUCUCGAUUAACAAUUUGCUAAUCAGUACGAACCGAACACGUCGUUGUUAAAUAGCGACGACUCCGGAUGCGUGAACGCAAAGAUACGAGGGAAUGCGUUCGUUAUGCCUAUCCUCCCCAACAUUUUUCCGCGCUCUUCCUCUCCUUCGUUAAUCUGUAAAGACCGUACUACAACGAAGUCUAUCGAAGUUUUACGAAGUAGUCUAUAUUAACCGCCCCAAAUCCAUCUACCCACAUAUCUACCUCGCCAUAUGAUAAAAAUACAUGGACGACGGCAGAUGCACGCGAAACGUUGUGCCAGUAUUUUUGCAGUUCCUACUCAUCUGUUGUCAUCGAUCUUUUGUCAAACUUUUCGAUUAAACUGUCCUACAUUUACAUAUUUUGUCGUAUCGGUUCAUCGAUCGACAGUUCCUUUUAAUUACAAAUCAAUCAUCAUUGUAGAAUUUCCUAAAGCGACAUUUUCUCAGUCUAAUUUUAAAUAAUAAUUAUAUGUUCCAUUCGAAAAGAGAACAUAAAAUCAUUUUAUAAUAGGAAAAAUCGAGUUAUAUUUAAUCGAACUAUAUUUAACUCAAUAAGGCGAUUCAUCUUUAAAAAUAUACUGCUUUAUUAGUAUCAAUAAAGUUAUAUUAGUAUCAAUAAAGUUAAUAAAACAUUUAGCCAAACGGAACUGUCGGUUGAUUUCUUUCCAGCGUUAGAUCAUAAAACGUUUUUCAUUAUCAGUAGUUUAAUUGCGAAGAGAAUCUAGAGUAUGUAUUUAAUAACUUCAAUUUAUUUUGAAAAAAAUAUAAUGUUCUGGCGAAUAUCAAUUACGAGUAGAGAAAGGCAGAAGGUAGACUAUAACGUGUUAGUAAGAAGGAGUUUGAAUUGAAAUCUUUAUUACGCGCGAUAGCCUAAUAAAAAUCUUAGAAACCUUCUCCAUAUUCAGCGCAAACAUCGAUCUGGCGAAUGCGACAACAAAGUAAAAUUGUACAGAUUUAAAGGCAAAGCGGAUAGAUGAAAAGUAUUCGAUGACUUGGUCUUGCUUUUCAAUGUGGAUACGUCCGCAGCAUGCACUAUCGCAUUAUAUCGAAUAUAUUGACGUCUAUGUAAGAAAGAGUGACUUUUUGAAGCUUUUAUGGGGCUUUUAAAAGCGGCGCUUCUACUCUGAUGUUUUUACAGACAGUAUAUUUAUUUAAUAGUGUUUCGAUAAAAGAGAACUUAUCCUGUAGCAGCUGAGCAAAAGAAAAAGAUGCGUUCUCUGAAUAGAUUCCUUCCUGUUGCUUCCUAUGCUAGUGCAGGUUUCGGACGCGAAGGAGAAAGGCGCUCUAGCGUGCAAUGCUAGAGAAAUUGUAAAUAUGUAUGUAGCACGAUAAGAGAUAGUCUUAUUGUUCUUGAUCGACGUCUUUGCCAAUCGGUCGCACAGCUCCGUUAAACGAUCUUGUUACGAAGAGAAAAAAAAUCCCUUUUUCUUUCCGUGGUCAUCGGUCGUUAUUGAAAAAGAUGAUAGGCGUAGACUAUAGGCAAUAUUGCGAUUACAAAUUUAUCGAGAGCUUUUA